AUGUUUGAAAGUAUAUACUUUAUCUUUUUAAGCAUAGCAAUUAUCGGUGCUAUUAAUUCUAUACUUUUACUCUAUUAUAAUUCUGUACGAAAAUCAUACCAUGCCAUUGGUGUAAACACCGACCAUAAAACAUAUCAAGAUGUUGGUGUACAGACCGAUGAGUCAACUUCUUUACAACAAGAAUCGUCAUUGUCAUCGAGUGAAGAUAAUACCAUUGCAGAUAUAAAUAAUGAUGUGGUUUCAGUUGAUAGCUUGACCGAACCUGUAGAUUUAGAAACUUCAAAAGGUCUUAUUAUUGUUAAUCUCGAAUCCGAAUCCGACAUUGAUGACGAACUAAAUAUAAUGACAAAUAAUACCAAUACCGUUAUCGCUAAAUCUAUUGUAGAAGACAAUGAAUCAAAUGAUGAUGUCAGCACCAACGACAGUGAUAUUGAUGAUGAAUACGAUAGCACUGACAACACUACGAAAUCUGAUGAUGAUAUUAUUCAAGGAAAUAAUUGUUUGAUGCAAGUUGCUCACGUUGAAUAUGUUGAAUCUGAAAUUAGUACAAACAAUACUGUUGUAAAUUAUAACGUUGUAAAUAAUGCUGUAAAUAAUAAUGUAGAUAUAAAAUCAAAAGAAAACUUCAAUUACUCAAAUACUGAUUUUAGUUCAACUAUUGCUGAAUUACCAUUGGAAAAAGAAGAAGAAGAUCUGAUAUCAAGUGAUAAUAAUGACAAUAAUAGUGGUGUGACUAGCUCAAAUGCUACAAUUAAUGUUGAUUUGAUCAAUAAAUCUAUGAAUAAUGACGAUAUCAGGCAAACUUCAAAUGACCAAAAUCUCUCUGAUUUAGAAAAUGUGUUAGGCUCAAAUGGCGGUGGUAAUAUCAAUAUAUAUGACGAAAAUACAAACUCAAAAGAAAAUAUUAAUUACUCAAACGCCGAUUUUAGUUCAACUGUUACUAAACCACAAUCAAAUGAAAAAGGAGAUUUAAUGCUAAAUGAGAGUAAUGGCAAUGACAAUGUGGUAACUGAUUCAAAUAGCAAAAUUAAUGUUGAUUUGACCAAUAAAUCUUUGAAUGAUAGUGGUGUUACACGAACUUCCAAUGACAUUGUUUUUGAAAAUGUGUUAGGUUCAAAUGAUGAUGAUUUAACCAUUAAUGAUACUAGGAAUGGAAUGUUUAAUGCUGAAACCGAAAUCACAACUAUUAAUGGUGAUGUUAAAAACGAAUUGGAUAAUGAUAGUGAAGGCGUAAUAGUAUCACAAAACGGCUACAAUAACACCAGUUUGACAUGUAGUUCUAAUCAUGAAGAGCCACAAGCUGAAACAGGAACCAAAUUAAAUGGAGAUGGUUAUCAACAUGUUUCAUAUAACCAAUCUGGUAAUGAUGAUAACAGUUGGCUAAAAAAGGCGGCAAUAUUUGAAGCAGAAUUACGAUCAAGUGGCUAUAAUCUAGAUAAUGAUAAUGUUUUCAGUAGCAGCAGUAAUUAUCCUAAUAAGGUUCAAAUUAAUCAAAGUGGUCGUAGUUGGGGAUCGAAUAACCGAGAUGAUGAAAGCGAAUGGGAAAAACUAACUGCCAAAUUUAAAGCUGAAAUAAAUAAUUCAAGGAGUAAUGGUCGUUCAAAUAAUAAAAACAAUGAAGGUUCACGGAGUAGAAACAACAACAGUAAAAGAAGUGUUAAUCAAGAAAAUUUUUGCAAUAGUUGUAAAAAAGCAGGUCAUGCACCUUCUGAAUGUCCAGAGAAUGAAAUUAAUGCAAAAAUAGCAUGGACUAAAUUAGUUACCGCGGAUUCACAAAAGGAUUUGGAAGGGGUAAAAGAAGCUUUUGAGAUGUACACUAAGGCAGCAUCUCACGAGACUUUUCAGUCUAUUGAAACUAAAUUAAGAAAAGAAAAUUGUAAUUGUAAGAUAAUAGCAAUACAACGCGAAGGAAUCCCAUUGAGAAAAUGUAUAGCUGACCUUCAAGGAAACAAGGGAAAGAAAUAUGUUGCUUCUUUGAUAAUGGUCUCGCCAAAAAUUCUUCCGCGAUCUGCUGGUAUUAGAGCACAGAGUGAACAAGAAAAUUUCGAUUGGUUGGCAGACUCUGGUCAAUUAGUUGAUGAUUUAUCUGUUCCAAUUUGUUACAUUUGCAAAAAGCGAGGUCAUUAUAGUCGUGAUUGCUCUCAAUAUAAUAUCAAAGAACAUAGCAAAUUUGAUAACAAAAUUAAUCGUGCAAAUAAUACAUCACCCUUUAAUUGUCAUAAAUGUGGAUCCAAUGAAAAACGUCAUAACUGCCCUUAUAGUGAAAAUUCACCAUCACCACAACGACAGCAACGAUCAGCACUUGUUGGUAGAUAUAAUCACCAUCACAUAAUUGAUCAUAAUAGCAACAUGAAAGAUUUUUUUGAUAGAUCAUAUGGUGAACAAUGUUACAAUUGUGGGUCCACGGGACAUCACAUUCGUAACUGUCCUCGUAGUGAAAAUUCACCAACAUCAUCACAACAACAAUCAUUCAUGAGAAGGGAUCAUAAUAAUUAUUAUGAAGAUAACACAUUUGGUAAUAACAGAUUGGAUAAUAAUAACUUAUGGCAACAACAGGCACCAGCAUUUGUGAAAGGAGGAGGACAUCGUCACCGAGAUCUUAAUAAUUAUGAAGAUAACACAUUUGGUAAUAACAAAUUGAGUAAUAACCCAUUAAGCGGAAAGUGCUUCAAAUGUGGAUCUCCAGAGCAUCAUGCUCGUUCAUGUACUCGUGAUGAAAACUUACAGCAACAACAAAGAACAUCGGCAAGAGGAGGAGGAUAUCGUCAUAGAGAUAGUCAUCAUGAAGGGAAUAACACUUUUGGUAGUAGCAAAUUGAAUGGUAACUCAUCAAACAGAAAGUGCUUCAAAUGUGGAUCCCCAGAACAUAAUGCUCGUUUUUGUACUCGUAGCGGAGAUUCAAAACAACAAAAGACAUCAAAUUUUGUAAGAAGAGGAGAUCGAGAUCAUUACAGAAAUAAUAAUAAUCAUUAUUGA